AUGGCUCAGCCUGUGUCUCCUGAGGCCCUUUCCCAGGCCAGGCCCUACCCGAAAGGUGACGAGAGAAAGAAGCUUGUCUGUCGGCUCUGUCUGAAGCGAAAGUGCAGCCUGGUGAGCAGGGGGCCUCAGGAGGCUAAUGAGAAGGGCUUCUUCCUGCAGGCAGGGAGUGGGGGCCACUGCCGCUCUGGGUGGUGCAGGGCAGGCGUGGAGACCAGCAUCAUGAGGGGAGCUCCAGUCAGUGGGGUGACUCCAAGAACUGUUCCGGGCUGCUACCUGCCCAGCAACCCCGAGGCCAUCGUGCUGGACAUCGACUACAGGUCCGGGACACCCAUGCAGAGUGCUGCAAAAGCUCCGUAUCUGGCUAAAUUCAAGGUGAAACGAUGUGGAGUUAGUGAACUUGAAAAAGAAGGUCUGCGGUGCUGCUCGGACUCCGGGGAUGAGCAUGGCACGCAGGAGGCCGAUGGCCAGACGGUCUCCUGGCAGGCGGCCAUCUUCAAAGUGGGAGACGACUGCCGACAGGUAGUGGGGCCAGGCCAGGGCUGGCCGACCACCCCACAGCUCCUUGGUUCCCAGGACAUGCUGGCCCUCCAGAUCAUCGACCUCUUUAAAAACAUAUUCCAGCUGGUCGGCCUGGACCUCUUUGUCUUCCCCUAUCGGGUGGUGGCCACCGUCCCCGGGGUAAGCCUCGGCACUCGGCCCUUCCUCGACUGCACCUUCCCAGACCAGUUGGGCCGCCAGACGGACUUCGGCAUGUACGACUACUUCACACGCCAGUACGGGGACAAGUCCACCCUGGCCUUCCAGCAGGCGCGCUACAACUUUAUCCGAAGCAUGGCCGCCUACAGCCUCCUGCUGUUCCUGCUGCAGAUCAAGGACAGGCACAACGGCAACAUCAUGCUGGACAAGAAGGGCCACAUCAUCCACAUCGACUUUGGCUUCAUGUUUGAAAGCUCCCCGGGAGGCAACCUUGGCUGGGAACCAGACAUCAAACUGACUGAUGAGAUGGUGAUGAUCAUGGGGGGCAAGAUGGAGGCCACACCCUUCAAGUGGUUCAUGGAGAUGUGUGUCCGUGGCUACCUGCUGUGUGAGCAGCCUGGGCCCUACAUGGAUGCAGUCAUCUCUCUGGUCACCCUCGUGUUAGACACAGGCCUGCCCUGCUUCUGCAGCCAGAAAAUCAAGCUCUUGAAGCACAGGUUCAGCCCCAACAUGACUGAGCGAGAGGCUGCGAACUUCAUCAUGAAGGUCAUUCAGAACUGCUUCCUCAGCAACAGGAGCCGGACCUACGACAUGAUCCAGUACUAUCAGAAUGACAUCCCCUACUGAGGACGGAGGCGGAGCACCAGCUGUCACGGGCACCCCCAAAGCCGUCCUGCAAUCAUGGAGCUGUGCCAGCACUUCCCCACCCCGACCGGCCGCUGUGUGUGGUCACAAGGGAUGGACUGCCCGUGGCCCUGUCAUUUCAUCCAGUGGAGUUAUUUUUAUAGGACAAAUAGGACAAAAGAAGUGCGCCCCUGCAGAGCCUGGCAAUCCGCUCCUUCCUUAGGCCCACGUGUGGCCUGUGAGGCUGAAAUGACAAUCACCUGAUGACACUGUCUCUGCACGGAUGUGAAUACUGUUUGCAUUGGACACAUUCCCUGUCUUAUUUCAUAGGUACGUGAAGUAUUUUCUUGUGUAUUAAAAA